AUGAGACUCUUAAUAGUGUUCGUAUUGGCUGCCUCGGUCGUGGCAGUAAUCGGAUUACCCGCUGAUACGGAUACCGUUGCCAAGGAUGUAAAUGUGGAUAAUUUGGAUGAACCCAUCAGUUUGUCAGAUGUUGCCGAUGCUGGUGAUAGCCAUUCGAACAGUGCUGAUCGAAAAGCCAGGUGGGGCUUUGGCUGGGGCUACAGACCCUGGGGCUGGGGUGGUGGCUGGGGAGGCUAUGGUGGUUAUGGUUACGGAGGAUAUGGCUAUGGAGGAUAUGGUUACCAUCGCCCAUGGGGUUAUUACUGGGGAUAA